AAUAAAAACUAAAGAAGUGCAUAUAUAAACAUGUUUAUAUGAUACAUUUCUUACAAUCUCUCAUCUUCUUUUGUACACUCUAAAAUCGUUUUUUCUUUCUUCCUCCCUCGAAUUCUUUGGUCAACGUAAGACACAAAAUGGAACACGAAAAAGAAGCUUUUGUUGAGAAAGAAGUCAAAAAAGAAGUUCCAGAAUCUAACUCUACGAUUAGAGAAAAGGAACCAAUUCAUGAAACUAUUGUGUUGUGUGUUUGCUUAUUGAUAAUUUUGGGAUUAUAUUGUGGCGCGAUAUGUGCAUAUUCCUCUUUCCCAUCGGCAAAUAAAUCAACUCAAGUGCCUUAUAUUACAAUAGCUUUUAUGAAUUUUACGGUGCUCGAUACAAAUACUCGUCUUAGUGCAAAUUGGGAUUUAUCAAUUAGAGUUCCCGAAAAACUUCAUGGUUCCUUUAUAUGUCUACCAGGAUACUUUCAAGCUUCUUUACUUUACAAGAAUAUUACCAUUGCUACUUCACCCAUAAGAAGUUACAACAAUCUCCAAGGCCAUUGCCCUCAACUGCUCAAGGUUUCAGGGGUUGUCUCUGAAGAGGAUAUUAAUGGUGCAAUUGGCAAAAGCAUUAUGAAUGACAUUAAGGAGAGAGUGGAAGUGCGUUUGGGGUUGCGGUUGUUUCUUCCGGAUAGCGGAGAAAACAUGACAGGGUCAGGGACGAUGGAAUUUGCUUGUGAUGAGGUAAAGAUGCAAUCUGACUUGAGUACUCGGAAUAUUACAUCAACUGUGGUUGGGAGUCCUACUUGCCUCCUUGUUGGUCACUAGCUUCUUGUUUAAAUAUUUUAAUAAUAUGGAGAGUACUGGACUUAAUUGUGUCUGAUAUCGAUUUUGUGUAUA